GUCAAAGUGGUGUGAUUGUGUGCGUGCGCGAGUGUUUUGGAUUGGAAUAAAAAGAAUUUACGGAGGAAAUUGCAAUGGGAAAACUGCGUGGAAAUAUUGGCGGAAUAGUUGAAUAAAUAUGUGGAGUUGAGAGGAGAAUCAUGGUAUUAACGCGUCGCAAAAUGAGACAGUGUCUAAUUGUAGGGAUUACCAUGAUUUUGGUGGUCUGCCUGUACAAGACUUGGGCCAGUUCGAUUGGGAGUGCCAAAGAGAAUGCCACACCAGGAGACCAGGUUGUGGGUGUCCUGCCGGAACCCGUGCAUGGGGAGACUCCUGAGAAUGUGGUGCAGGAACUGGAGGCAACACGAAAGAAAUUGGCACAGUUGGAGAAGAAACUGCAGGAUCUCGAAGGGAGGAUCCCAGUGAAGUAUCCGGACGUCAAGUACCUAAACUACAAGAAUAGGAAGAGGAUUUUGGUGACUGGAGGAGCGGGAUUUGUGGGAUCGCAUCUCGUGGAUUUGCUGAUGAUGGAGGGCCAUGAAGUGAUUGUGGUGGACAAUUUCUUCACGGGACGCAAGAGGAACGUUGAACAUUGGUUUGGCCACGAAAAUUUCGAGCUCAUUCACCAUGACAUCGUGAAUCCGUUGUUUAUCGAAGUGGAUGAGAUUUAUCAUCUGGCCAGUCCCGCCUCUCCACCCCAUUACAUGUACAAUCCCGUCAAGACGAUAAAGACCAAUACGAUGGGAACAAUCAAUGUAUUGGGUCUGGCCAAGAGAGUUGGUGCCAAAGUGCUGAUUGCGAGCACGUCAGAGGUGUACGGGGAUCCGGAUGUUCAUCCUCAGCCAGAAACCUACUGGGGACAUGUCAAUCCAAUUGGCCCCCGAGCAUGCUACGACGAAGGAAAAAGAGUUUCAGAGACCCUCAGCUAUGCCUAUGCCAAGCAGGAAAAUGUCAAAGUGCGCGUAGCGAGGAUCUUCAAUACUUAUGGGCCACGGAUGCACAUGAAUGAUGGUCGAGUGGUGUCUAAUUUCAUCCUCCAAGCACUCCAGAAUCAGUCAAUCACUAUUUAUGGGAAUGGGAAGCAGACACGCUCCUUCCAGUACGUCACGGAUCUCGUGGAUGGUCUGGUGGCCCUCAUGAGAUCCAAUUACAGUCAACCGGUGAAUAUUGGAAAUCCAGUGGAGCAUACAAUUGAGGAAUUUGCGGAGAUCAUUCAUGAUCUCGUGGGUGGGAAGAGUGUGAUAAAACAGAUGGCAGCUGUGGAGGAUGAUCCACAGCGCAGGAAGCCAGAUAUCACGAGGGCCAAGAAGUACCUCAACUGGGAACCAAGGGUGCCACUAAAAGUUGGCCUCGAGCGCACAAUUGAGUACUUCCGGAAGGAAUUGGCCAGAACAAAUCAUCACUCUCAGCGGAAUGUCUUUUUGCCGCGACAUGCCGAUGAGUCCUGAACCAAAAAAACUAGUCUCUCCAGAAUUUUUCGUAUAGACGCUGCAAAAAGGGAGGGAGUUUCAUCAGUCUCCUAAUACUUUUCCCACCUGAGAUUUUGUGGGUAACGAAGGACAAGUAUUUGAGUAUUGCAGAGAUUUCCGGAGGCUGUGAGAGGGAGAGUUUGUGUGUCGAUGUACCUGUUUUGUUGUAAUAUAUGAUGAUAUAGGUGAGAAUUUUACUGUAGCAUUUUAGACUUUAUCAAAAUGAACACUCUCUCUCUCGUCUCCGGAUCAAUCUUUCCAGUCAAAACUCCCUCCAUCUCCACUGCAAAUGACUUUUUUAUUGAUCCUAUUUUUUUUUGUCUCUUAGUUUUAAGGGUGAAAAUAAAAGAUGUGUUAGAGGCGAA